UGCUAUCAUUGUAACUAUAACAUAGAAUUGAAAAAUACUAGAUACAUUUAAAAAUGGUUUGGUGGAUGAAUCAUAAUCCCAGUAAGCAAAAAGAAGGCGUGUUCAAUGGCGUGGAAACUAAGAACGAUACGGUUUACGAAACUAUUAAUAUUAUGUAUGAUUGCUAUAAUGUGUCAUACGACAGAUAUGACAUUCGCGCCCUUGUUAAUGCUGGUGUAAAUAUCAUCAAUGUCGACAUGACAAUACAUAAUAAUGGGUUUUUCCAACAAAUCAAAAUUGCUGUAGAUUUUUUUGAAAAAAUUCCGCAAAUUAUGCCAUCGCUUUACAUUCCUGUCGGAUUAUCUGUUACUAUGUCUGCUCUAAAUCCUAUUGACUUAGACAAUAGAGUUGACAUUAUAAUUUUAAAGGAUGUUACGUCGACGAACCAACUGCGCGAAUUCAAGAAACAAAAUAAGAAAUUGUCAUCUAUGACCAUUUUACUCUGGCCUCCGUCCCUUGGAAUUGUGGACCUAAAUGAAUUAAUUAAGAUUUCGAGCGGUCUCGUUUUGGAUCCGAGUAUGGGUGACGUGUUUAACGUGUAUUACAAUGUUUUGAAACUAUGUACAGAUGCUCGCAAACCCGUAUUCUACAUGCACCCGAACAUAGUAGAAGAUUAUUACGAAGGUCCAUCUAACGAUAGAGAAUUACUGAUACAAGUGCGUGAAUUGAUCACGAAUCAAUUUGAUGGUGUUAUUCUGAAGAACCAUGGAAAACAACCGCCAAUAGCAUUCAUACAGUCAUUUGUAAGAGCCACGGAGAUACUAGAAAAUAAAACUAAUCUAACUGCAGAUUAUUUUAAUAAAAGUUUUCCACUGUUACUGCCGGUUCUACAACCGUACUCUGUAGCGCUGGCUGCUUCUAUUGCGGCCGUAACAUGUGGAGCGAAGGCCAUCUUUGUACUUACUUCUACGGGGUCUUCAGCAAAGGACCUGUCUUGUUCAGCACCACCAUGCCAUGUGCUCGCCAUCACAAGAAAUGAAAAGAGCGCUCGAAGAAUGCAUCUGUAUAAAAAAAUUAUGCCAUUGUUAUAUCGAGAAAAACGGUUAGGUUCCUGGCAAGAAGAAAGGUUGGCCCGAACUGCUUUUGGCGUAAAAUUUUGCAUCAAAUGUGGCCUACUCGACUUCAAAGCCAAAUUAGUGGUGUUAGCCCCCAACGACCAAGGAACUGCGUACUGCAAUGGCUUCCAAAUAUUUACUGUUUUACACAUUAUGAAUUUCUACUUAUGUAAAUAGGAAUAU